AUGGGUAACUCUGUCAGCCGACCCAGCUGCCUGGGGGACAGGAACCGGAAGUCCCAGCAGUUCCUGAAGGAAUGUUGUAUGAAGAAGGAAUCCAUCAUCGAUAUUCAGAGUGUGAGGAACAAUGUGGAGGCCGACGCCGCGUCCUCUGCCGACAAGAAGCAGAACGAGAUACUGUCGGACAAGGACCUGAACGUCGCCCCGACCUCCAGCCAGAGCCGGGAGCCGCUGCCCAAACAGAACAACGCGGACGCCAACGUCCAGCAGGCCCAGAGGGAGACACCCCGGUCCACACCGGAUCGUAGCGGGAAUGUGUGGACUCCGCAGAGGGGAUCCUUACAGAGGGCCUCCGGAAGCAGCUGGUCAUGGAAGCCGCUUGCCACCAGGGAGGUGACAGAAGUCACAGAGGUGACAGAGACCGUCGUCACCGAGAUUGUGGAGGUGACGCAAUAUCCGAAUGGAGAUAAGAGCGAACCCAUCAUCACCAGGACGGUGAAAGUGCUGACGGAGUGCGCCGGGGAGCUGGCCGAGGUGCAGAGCAAUCGCGAGGUGCAGACGGAAUCUCAGUACCAAGUGGGGAAACGGGAAGUCUACAGCAAGACGGUUUCCCAGCAUGCCCUGGCACUGCCCGAACCCCCCGAGAACCAGGAGACUGUCCUCAGCUGGGUGUCUGAGAUGGAGGAUCUGAUGGAGGCCCAGAAACCUCCCUCCUCAGAGGCCAAAGUGGUGAAGGCUCAGCUCCAGGAACAGAAGCUUCUCCAGAAGUUGUUGCAGGAGAGAAGGUCUAGGAUUGAGCGCGUCUUACAGGGUAAGAAGUCCCCAUCACAACCCCUACCUAUAGAGGGUGGGGAGCAGAGAGGACAAAGGAGAGACCCCCUGAUGGAGCUGCGGGAUCGGUGGGACACUCUGCUGCGGAGGGCCGAGGACAGACACAGACAGUUAGAGCGCAUCACCCCAGCCGCUCAGAACUUCCAGGAGGCUCUGGACGUCUUCCAUGACUGGGUGAGCGGCACAGAGAGGCGGCUGACAGAGCUCUGGAGGACCAACAGGUCCAUGAACCAAAUUAAAGACUGCCACAAGGAAGUCCAGGACCUUUGUAAGGAGAUUCAGAGCAAGCCUAAAGAAAUAGACGAGAUCCUGGAGAAGGGCCAGGUCCUCCUGGAGCUGCUGUCAGGGGAGGAGGCUCAGCUCUGCCAAGAAAAGAUGGACGCUUUACGGGUCCGGUAUAUUAUCAUAGCCCAGAGCGCUGGGGACAUCCUGCAGCGACUGGAGCAGACCAUAGAGGCCACCACUCAUCUGGACCCAUCCCAGGAAGAUGUCUCCCUCUGGCUUGGACGUAUGGAGAAACUGGUGUCCUCCAUAAAUACAGAAGGGGAGGGGGAGAGGAGGCUCAAUGCCAGCGACACCGAAAAAUUGGAGCAGGUCGUUCGGGCAGAGCUCACCCAUCUUACUGUCACUGAGAGACAUCUGGCAGAGGUCACCCGGGUCACACUGGAUGCAGACUCCAUCCAGUCCCAGAUGAGGGAGCACAAGCUCCUGGCGGUGGACGUUCUGCAGCAUCGGGGGAUUGUGGAGAGACUGCUGUGUAUCUCAGACGUUCUGCUGACACUGUGCUCUGCGCGCGCUGAGGAGCAACUGCAGACAUCUUUACAGUCUCUUGAAGAGAUGUCCCCCCGGAUAGCGGCCGAGGUGACCACCUGCCCCCCGGUGCUGGACCAUGCCCUGGCCCUGCUGGGGCAGUUCUCGGAGGCAGAGGACGAGCUGCUGCCCUGGAUGCAGGAGACGGAAUCCGAGUUACCGCAUCUGUCUCCGAACUACGGCAACUACAGUGAGGUCCGACAGCAGCAGCAGCAGCUGCAGGCGCUGAGGGAGGUGGUCGCUGAGCACAAGCCCCUGGUCACCAAGCUGCACCGCGUGUCCUGUAAGCUGUCGGAGCUGUGCCCGGAGGAAGGGGCCGCCUUUCAGAAUCGCUUCGAGGCCGCAGAGAAACAAUACUGUGCCAUCCGAGAGGCUGUGCGCCAAGCUGCAACCAUCCUGGAGGAUACUGUGCCCAGAUACAGCCAGGUUAAUGAGCGGAUCCAUAUGAUGAGUGACAGCUUGGAGAGACUGGGUGACCGGCUGCAGAGCGUCUCUUCUGUUCGCGGGGAGCCCUCUAGAAUCCGGGAGCAGCUCCGAGAGAACGGCCAAGUGCAGGCUGAGCUGGAGAAGCUGGGAAUGGCUCUGGAGAACGUCAGCAAGCAGGCAGCAGAGCUCGUAUCCAGCCUCCCAGCCCAGACGGAGGCGCCACAAGGGGUCAUGCUGCGCACAGCAGAGUUACUGACCCAGUGGCAGCGACUGUGUGGACGCGCCGAGGAGCGAGACGUGUGGCUCUCUGGGCUCCUCAUGUUGGCUGAGCGCUUCUGGAACGGACUCUCAGACUUGGCUUUGACCCUCGGUGACACCCAGCAAAUGGUUCUGGACACAGAAGAGCCCAAUUCUGACCCGGACUCCAUCAGGACACGACUCGAUGCCAUGCAGGCUCUGCGAGAGGACAUUGACAACCUGCAGACUGACCUGGACACGCUGGGAUCGGUGGGGGUGGAGCUUAUGUCAUCCUGCGGGGACAUGGACAAACCAGACGUGACCAAGAGUCUGGAUGAG